CUCGCACUCGGGCCCACUCCCCGCGUCGCGCGCGCCCAAAUGCACAUUAAUACAAGUCCUGCGACAAGGCCGGAUAUCGCAAGGCGCGCGAAAACUGCGGUCGCCGCAAUUGAAGAACAGGCCGGAGCUCAAGGGCGUGUGUUUGAAGGUCGGCACGACGAAGCCCAAGAAGCCCUAAUUCGGGCGAGAGGAAGAUUGCGAGGGUGAGGUUGAGUACGGGGAAGGUUAUUACUGCGUAUAUCCCGGGUGAAGGUCAUAAUGUGCAGCAGCAUUCGGUCGUUAUGGUGAGGGGUGGACGCGCGCAGGAUUGUCCGGGUGUGAAGUACCAUUUGGUACGGGGAGCGCUGGAUUUGGGAGGUGUCGGUAACCGCAUCACUUCGAGAUCGAAGUACGGCACGAAGAAGCCUAAGACGGCCGCAUAAGGGAUUAUCACAUGUGGGAAUAGAUGUGUACGAAUAUUAUCGGCAUAAAUGGGCGUUUGAAUUUCUGGUAUGAUCAUCGAUCAAUACAUGAAAAGAUGUACCGAUCGCAUCAAGUUACUCGAUGAUUGAUUCGACCGCCGGAGUUGCUGUGGAAAAGAGUCAUAACUAUCUUCAGAUUUGUUCGUCAGAUUUCCCUGCAGACGUGUGGACAAUGAUAUAGGGUAGCUCUAGUUCGUCCCACGUCUGAGACGUGUGCUGAAUUAGUCUCACAUACAAAUCUUAGGACACUACGAGCUG